UUUCAUAUUCUUGCUUAUACAGGAAACAAUGAAUUGUUGAUUUAAUAUUAAUUUUUUUGCGUAUAGAAUUUAGCAAUAGUGGGACUCAUUAACGCUGUUACAGAGCAACUUCCCAACGUUCACUUUUCAUUGUAAUUCUUAUUCUUACAGUGGAAUAAAAUUCUCGCGAUAUAUCAUAAAACAAUACGCAAUAGUGUCGAAAAUUUUUAAGCGCGAGAAGCGAAACUGUUUUUUAACAGUGUCCAAAAUAUUUUUCUUCAUCAAAUUCAUGUAUCUCCCUCGGUUCGUUUCCUUUCUAUUUGUAGAGCACAAAAUAGCAGAAACAUUGCAAAAUUUCGCUACAAUGUUUCAGCAAUAUUGUAGCAACAAAAAGAUAUCGGCUUCAGAAAUAUUGAUACGUAACUUUGCAGCAAUGUAAAUGCAAUAUUGUACAUGUUGCCGCAACAUUACGAAUCAAUAUUUCUGAAGCGGACAUUUUACCGUUGCUGCAAUGUUGCUGAAACAUUGCAGCAAUAUUUAGAAUAAUUUUUCUAUGCUGUAUCGAAUUGAUUUCACGCGUUCAAUCAUAAUCGUAUUGCGUAAUAUGAGGCAAUAAAACAUACGCAAAAUUGGCUUUUUAAUUUAAUUGAGACAAUUUAAAUGAGCGUUUACAUUUGCAAUUAAUAUAGAACGGUGCAAGGCAUAGAUGGAAACAAUGCCUCUGCUGCGAGUACAUUUCUCUCUCGAGAGCUAAAACUAACUAUUAAUAAAGGCAUACAUGUCGAAAUACACAAGGUACUUAUUUGUUAUAUCACCCGGUUUAUCGGGGCGGCGAUCAACGAAUCUUCCAGGAAUCUCUCGGAUUCUCUUCCAGAAACUAUCACCGAUCCGCAAUGAAUUAUUUGAUGCUCGGCGAGCGGUAAAAACGUGAGAAUAACUUUCAUGCUUCUCUUUUGUUGGCAUCCGGCGACAGGAAAGAAGACGCUCGGAAGUCAAGGCGUUAUGAAAUUGCAGGGGAUUAUAUACGUACUCUAGAGCGUAUCGUGCGAAGAAGCUGCGAAGGAGAGCCGAGAAACAUUCCUUCGAAAUAUAUCUUCUUACAUUUCACAAACGUAAUACUUCAAAUAUGUAUUGUCAGAAAGAAAUGCAAAAACCUUUCUGAACGUUUCUAUUCUCAAUACGGGGAAUUCUUGAUUCAAUUUCAAAAGAUCACUGAGCAACAAAUUUUUAAAAAAUAUAUAUUUAAUUGUUUUCUGUAUCACGGACUUUAAUUUUUAUUUCUCAUUUUAUUCAUUAGAUCAGAAUUUCCUAAACUUGUAUGGCUCGCGACCUAUUUUAUAAAGAGGUAAAUAUCUAACUGGUGGACAUGAAAAAAUGCACGGCAGACGGUGAUAAAUCAAUUAUUUAUUUAACUACUUUUUUAUAUCACAUUAUUUCGCACACGUUUUUCAUUUUUUAUUGAAUAUAAUUUUGUAAAUCUAUUCUUCUAAUACAUAAUGAAGAUGUGAAGAAUGCGCUUAUUGUUCCAUUGAUGACAGCUUUGAUCAAUCGACAUCAAUCAUAAUUAAAUUAUUUUCAUGCGAGGAGUUUGAUAAUUGUAGCUCGUUUUGCAAUUUAGUUUUAAUUUCAUCGGUGAAGAAUUUUUCACGACCUACAUUUUUUUAGGAAAUCCUGUGAUUAUAAUAUAAUAGAUUGUAAUCUUUCCUCGUGUUUCAUAUCUUUUGCGGUUCAAGUGAAGGAGUUCUCAGUAAAUUUAGAUCAGAAUUAUUUUACAAUGUAAACAAUGUGUUAAUGACAGGUUAUUCAAUGAACAGGAGAGACGUUUUUCUCGCCGGUGUUUUUUCACCGCGAUCUCGUUCGUGCGUAAAAGUAAUAAGCAGUUUUUCCCACGAUUGUCAUGUUUAUUUUGCAAUCGCUCCGAUAUCUAAUUAACCAGCAGCAGAAGAGAUAAUUUAAUUAGGAACAAGAGUUCGGGCUUGCGAUCUGUGGAACCACGCAUCCAUACGCAAUGUGAAUUGCAAUACGAUCCGUGUGAAAUCUGGCCGUAAGAGGGGAAGGGAUGGCGCUCUCCUAGUGCUUGUUUCCUGUUUGUUCUUGAAAUACCCGUAUUAUUGUGUGUUUAUAUAUGUGACGCAAUGUUUUAAUAAUAUAAAAUCGACAGAACGUAACGCACGCGAUUAAAGCGUUACUCCAUACGGCGUAAAAUGCUCCUUCCUCUUUACACUACGUUACUUCCUCUUUUCAAUAAACUCUUAGUUAGAUUUACAUGUACAUUAUUAAAAAAUUAAAACGUAUAAUUAAUAUGUUAAAAUCUAAGACGAUUAUAAUACGUGGAAGUUUUUCUUGCUUCUAUAGGAAAACACUAGUUUGCGUGAGUCAUCAGCGAUCCGUAACUGCCGGAUGUCCAAUUUUCCUUCGAGUUCACAAGUCAAUCAGGAAAAACUACAAAGUGUCAAUUAUCUAUCGUUAAUUGGCACGAAAAUUGGCGUUUCGAAAAUUAGGGGGCUCGGAACGGAAGAUACACGUGCAACGGAAUGCAAAUGAACGAGCUCGACCUCGCGCGAGAUGCGAUUCGCGAUUCUUAAUUCUGCGAUGUAUCACAAGGUCGUGUCUUCGAUGAGUUCAUAAAGAUAUCUUUUUGAAGCAGCCAUUCGCGCGCUCGUCGACGAAUCGUCGCAAAUGUCAUCGCUAUCCCACAGGUAAAAAAACCGACCCAUUCAACCCUGCUUCUUCUCCCCUCCCAUCCCUCCCAAGAGAACUUUAGAAAUUAAAGAUCUUGAAAUGUCUUCUUCGUAUUGCGCAAUUGCAGCAUUGCGAUAGAUCGCGAGCAUCGAUGUCCAUUAGCGACCAUUAAAGAAUUAUCAGGAAAUAUCGGUAUUAGAACGUUAGCAGGUCGCGAUAACUGGGACUGUGUCAUUUGGGGUGAAAGUGUUAGUUGCCAAAACGAGAAUGGCGUACAUCGCGAUUGUACACCGCGAGAACUUUGAGGAGCAAUAAGAGGCAGAACGACAUGAAUUCAUAUUCGUUGAAUCGUGCUAUGACGGACCAGCGUUGCGCGACAGCGCGACCUUGGAUAUAUCUCGUACGAUAAGAACGAAUCAUUUCGGGGUCCGACCUGCUAAUGGGAAUUUCCGUUUUGCAGGAAAAAUCUAAAAAAAAAGGAAGAAAAGAGAGAUCAUAUCUGACUGAAGAGAUCAACGCGCUGAUCUCAACCCUUCCAGCGUGGCCGCACAAAACAGUAAUUAACGAUACGAUCGCCGCGAGAUAAGAGUAUUCGAUCGCUUAUGUAACAAAAUGAUACGUCAAUCACAUUCUAACGAAGCGUUGAAUACUUGUUACAAAGGCAAGUCGAUACGCAGUUGGAAAAUUUGUGUUAAAUUUAACACGUAUGACACGUCCCAAACCGUUCACUUAAAGUUUUGUAUUAAUUUAACACGAGACGAAUACGUUAGAAAGUAAAUCAAAUAUUACGUGUAAAAUUAUAACAAAAAAUGUGACACUUUAACAAGUUAAAAACAAAUUAUGGAAGCACAUUUCUUUGGUAAAAUUAACACUUAUAACGUGUUGACACGUUUUAUUUUAAAACUUAUUUUGACAUUUAUUUUAAAGUGAACGAAUGACAUCAAAGUAAUGUAAUUUUGUAAAACGUUGAAUAUUAAUUUAACAGAAAAUAUUAAAUAUUUUAACUAUGUUAACUUAACACUCGAAUAUGUUAAAAAUUUCCACGUUAAACGUUCAAAAUGCGUUUUUAAUGCAAAUACAAAAUGUUUUCUACUGUGUAUUUCUCUUCUUUAUUAUACUUAUAUAGCAAUUUAAAGUCUGUACUGUAAUAUUAAUAAAAAAAAAAUGUUAAUUUCUUACUAGUUGAAAUUUAAAUUGCAAAUUCUUUAUCGUAAUUUGUUAUCUUUAGCUGCGAACUAUAUUUUUACUUGCAUAACCGGCAUUUUUCUUAGUCGUUUGCAAUUCUAACAACAGCCAGAAUAAUUAGACACAUAACUCCCAAGUAAAAGUAGCUAAUUUAUUGAGAGCAUCUUGAUCGAGUGAGAUGUCGAGUCUCCUCUUAUACUGUUGAAAUAAAUUUAAUUCUGCAAAAUGGAACGUUUCUCAGAAAAGAGGUCUCGACACUGUUUUUGCUUCAUACACAAAAGCUAAACUCUAAAUAAAAUUUUAUAAAAAUUUAGCAAAUUUCUAUGAAAAUUUAAAUGUAAAAAAGAUAAGAAUAUUUAUUGACUGUUCGGACUUCCUUCUAUUUCAAGGGAGGCAGAAAGAAGAGCAUAGGUAUCACAACGGUUCAAGUACGAUGGUUACGAAUAUUUUCACGGGUGUUAGAGCACGAGGCGAUUGCGUAAGAGAGGAAUCUGCUGCACCACAGAAGAACAUCCCUCCUUCUACCUCGCUCUGGGAUCUUCUCUUUCUCCGUUCGUCUGAUGUGGGAGCCCCAAGAAAGAGAGACUCUCAAGAGUCCCCCCUUUUUGCUCGACUGAUGUCUAAAGCCAUAUAUAUACCACCACCUCGUGGAACAAUCCUUUAAGAAAGAUACUUUGGAAGUAGCAUCGCCUUCCUUACGAACCAGAAGCAAGUCGAGUAAGUGCGGUACACGAAAAAACUGAAAAGACAACGGAAACACGGAAAGAUAAAUGAUCACCACGCAGCACGACACUAAGGACUAAGGGGAUCAGACUUUUCGGAAAGAUGAUUUCGAGGUACCAGGUAAUCUGCGCUCUCUUGCUACUUGGUGCGGUUUUACUCUAUCAAACAAUGGCGCAAGUGGACGGUUACACACCUGGCGUAGACUAUCCAAUUUACAAUUCGGUGCCGUUCGGACUUACGUUUACCUGUGGAGGGAAGUUACCUGGAUAUUAUGCCGAUCCCGAAGCCAGAUGUCAGGUAUGGCACUGGUGCUUGCCAAACGGACGUCAGUUUAGUUUUCUCUGCCCGAACGGUACAGUCUUUAGUCAAACUACUCGUGUUUGUGACUGGUGGUUUAAGGUACCUCAACUAUUAUUAUUAAUAAUAUGCAAGCAUUUAGAGACGCAUAAUUAUCUUGAAUUAAAUUUUCUCUCGUUUAAUUAAUUUGAAUUUUACAGGUCGACUGCAACGAUUCACCGAGACUUUACGGCAACAACGACGAGCUUUACAGAGACGUGAAUGGAAAUAAAAUUUAACGACUCCUAUACUUUUUAUAUAAAUAAUAUAAAUAAUUGUAUGUACAUUAAUAAACUCUUUUAUAUAAUAUAAGCUUCUCGCGAACGCGUAACGCUAUCGAUAGUAUAACUUGCUGUGAAGGUAGGUGAAAAUAAUACGCGAAUCCCUAGUUUGCCGAUGCAGGAAAGUAACAAGGAUGUCUGCCGUAUUUGUCGCUGUUAAAUAAAAUAGAUUUUGCGAAAAAAGGAUUAGAAAUUGUUUACGGUUCUAUAAAGUGAAUGAUUUUCA